AUGAAAACGUCUCUGCGCUUAGAGGAUGGAACUAAAAACUCCUUGCAGAUCCCAAUUGAUCUCAUUAUCGAGAUAUUCUUGAGGUUGUCGGUGAAUUCUAUAGCGAGAUGUCGUUGCGUAUCGAAGCAAUGGGCCUCCACACUUAGCCGUCCAUAUUUCACCGAGUUGUUCUUGACUAGAUCUUUGGCUCGCCCGAAGCUAUUGUUCGCCUACAGAAAAGGUAGCGAUUAUUUAUUUUUAUCGUCACCUCAGCUUCAAAAUCCUGAUGAUGAUCAUAAGAAGUCGUCUCCUGUAGUCGUCAAUUAUCAUAUGCAUCAUAUUUUGACCUUAGGAAGUGGAAACAUGUCAUGGAGAACGAUCCAAUGUUGCAUACCACAUCGUUCUUUCGAUGGAGGGAUAUGCAUUGAUGGUCUUAUAUAUUAUUAUGCUGGGGUCAACAACAAUGAUAUUGUGAUAGUUUGCUUUGACGUCAGGUCUGAGGAGUUUAGAUUUAUUAUCGGAGCACUGCAUCAUGGAUCUCUCAUAAACUACAAUGGGAAACUAAGUUUGUAUCUGCCGUCAACAGUUUAUUCCCGUUUUAAUGGAGUAAUAAGAAGUAUUAAAUUGUGGGUUCUUGAAGAUGCCAAAAGGCAAGAAUGGUCUGAGCAUACAUACAUAUUGCCUGCAAUGCAUGAUAUAAUGAAAACCACAGAUUUACGUUGUGUUGGAAUGACUCAGACAAAGGAAUUUGUCUUCUGGUCGAUAAAAGGUAUGCGUUUCUACGUUUUCUACUACAAUAUCGAAAGAAACACAAUCAAAAAGGUUGAAAUGCAAGGAAUGGAAGCAUUUAAAGAGAGUAAUGUUUACACCUUUCUGGAUCAUGUAGAGGAUGUGAAGCUAAUGCAAUUCUUUUAA